CCCCUCCGGGAGCAGCGCGGACCAGGACGCGCGCGCGAGCACCCGCGAAGGCGGGUGGGGGGGGAAGCGGGGAGCUGGCGGGGGCGCGCGCGGCAGCGGCUGGACGGGAAGGGCGGUGGGGGCUCCGGUGUGCGCGGCUCCGCGGCGCUCGCCCUGCCUGACUCACCGCGGGGCGCGGGGAAGAUGCUCAGCGCGGAGGGGUAGCAGCUGCGGAGCAGACGUCGGGCCCCCCCGCCGCUCCCCGCCUCCGCCGGGCUCGGCAGCUCAUCUCUCCGCCGCCGCCGCUCCUAGGUCUUAAAAAUUAGCUUGAUUGGCCACCGGAAGCGCGUUCUGGCAUCUUUGGGAGACAGGCUUCACGAAGAUCCUCCUCAGAAACCACCUCGGUCAAUAACCCUCAGGGAACCCAGUGGUAACCACACUCCUCCUCAGUUGUCUCCAUCACUUAGCCAAAGCACGUUCACUACUGGUGGCUCCCUGGACGUUCCCCACAUUAUCAUGCAGGGUGAUGCAAGGAGAAGAAGAAAUGAAAACUAUUUUGAUGAUAUUCCCCGGUCAAAGCUGGAGAGGCAGAUGGCACAGCAGUCCUCGGUCUGUGAGAUCUGGACCAACCAGAAUGCAGGAUAUCCUUUCUCAUCGAUUCAUCAGGUUCAUAAUACAGGAGACUGGGGAGAGCCUUCCAUUACCUUGAGACCUCCAAAUGAAGCCACAGCAUCAACGCCUGUACAAUAUUGGCAACAUCAUCCAGAGAAACUCAUUUUCCAGUCAUGUGAUUAUAAAGCAUUUUAUUUAGGUUCUAUGCUGGUAAAAGAGUUAAGAGGCACAGAGUCAACACAGGAUGCCUGUGCAAAGAUGAGGAAGUCUACAGAACAAAUGAAGAAAGUACCAACCAUUGUCCUGUCUGUCUCUUACAAGGGAGUCAAAUUUAUUGAUGCAACGAAUAAGAAUAUUAUUGCUGAGCAUGAAAUCCGUAACAUUUCGUGUGCUGCACAAGACCCUGAAGACCUUUCUACAUUUGCGUACAUCACUAAAGACUUGAAGACUAAUCACCACUACUGCCAUGUAUUCACUGCGUUUGAUGUGAAUUUAGCUUAUGAAAUCAUCCUUACACUAGGACAAGCAUUUGAGGUGGCCUAUCAGCUUGCAUUACAAGCACGAAAAGGGGGCCAUUCUUCAACCCUCCCAGAGAGCUUUGAAAAUAAACCCUCCAAACCUAUUCCCAAACCACGUGUUAGUAUUCGGAAGUCAGUGCAGAUAGAUCCAUCCGAACAAAAGACUCUUGCGAAUCUGCCAUGGAUUGUUGAACCUGGACAGGAGGCCAAAAGAGGCAUUAAUACCAAGUAUGAAACUACAAUUUUCUGAUACAAAACUGUCCCCCCUUCCUUGUUGUGCCUUGCACGCCAAGCAGUCACAGCACAGCCUUUCCUUUAUGGCAACGUUUCAAUCCAGCAGAGAGGAAGACUGCACUGUAUGAGUGGCCUUGUAACUAACAAAAAAGGCUGACAGUCAUUUCUGGUGAUGUUCUUCUUCCUGCAGCACUGACAGAAGAAUGACACUAUAUGAAGACUUUUAAAAUUACAGUCCACAAGAGGAGUGAGAAACCUUAUUUUUCACGCAGUUCUCCCUUGUGACGCUGCCACAGUGCUUUCUUUGAUUUCUUGUUUUAGAAUUCUACUUUUUAAGAAAUAAAAAAACAAAAGGUCUCUAAACUAACACUAAUGCUGCCUACGAGUACAAUAUUUGAUUGGUUUUUUAUUUAAAUCUUGGCAGUUUUUAAUUGAAAUAGAACCAGAAUUAAUAAAUAGAGUAUCUGUGAAACCACUGAAUUCAUUAAUAAUUACUGUGUUGAAUAAAGAACUUAUUGAAGUGACAAGAAAUUAGGCACCCUGAUUUCUGUAUGCGCUGGUUUUAUAUGUAAUCAUCGGUGUCCUUUGAUCUUCUACAGAAAUAGGAACUUCUUGCAUUGUAACAAAGGAUCAGAGUUUUAUGAAUGGUUAGAAAAAGGUAUUAAUAAUGCACAGAAAACAUUUAUUAGAUAUUUUUAUGGAAGAGAAGUACUAUAGGAAAACAUGUGAAUAUUUAUGGAAGGAAGCCAGAUUAAUUACGACAAAUAUUGUUUAUUUUAAAGUUAAGUAAACCACUGCUAUUGCAGCACUAUGAAAAAUGUAAAAGUUGUAGCAUCAGUGCACUGGAUGUUCCAUGUGAUCAGUCUGGAAUGAAAGUGGAAUGGUCGUUCUACUACACCUACAUAUAGUUUAUGCAGUUCAACAUUGCUAUAGCCAUGAAUUCUGCUAGUAUUUUUAAAACAUAAUCUCAGUGGUUCUAAAUAAAGUCAAAACCAUGGAUUUUUGCUAUCAAGAUUUCUGUCACAGAAAGCUUGUUUGGAAGCGUGUUGAUAAAAUUCUACUGCAAAAACAUUUUCUAAGUAAAAAUAGCGAGAAAAAGAAAAAAAUUCCAAAGUAAUAAAAAAGUUUUAAUGGAACAAAACAGUUAAGCAUUUGCUUAAUAUUUGAUUAAAUAAGAUUUACUUACCUUUUCUUUGAAGUGUUUUAAGUUUUUUAAUGUCUGUGGAGUAUUUGUAUAAUACCAUGAUGUAUAUUUAUGUAGAACUGAAAUUAUAACAGUACAAAUAUCACUAUAGGAGAAAAAUGACAUUUUAACGUAUACUGUUCUAUCCAGUCAAAUCGUGAAUCAUUUUGAAGUUCAUUAUAGAGAUAUUGAUAAAUUGUGUGGUUGUCUUACUGUUUUUUUAAUUAUUAUUUCAUAUCCAGCUGAGGUUUUCAGUUAGAAUCAUCAGUUGGUAAAUUCCAAAAAAUGGAUAAUCAAACUUGGUUUAAACCUGAUCAUUGUAUAUGGUUUAGUUAAACCUAAUCAUAGCGCUGAGUGAUGACAUACUUUUAAUACAGUAUUCAAUUUACUUGAACAAAAUAGUUCCGUGUACAUAUUUUUGCCUAUUCACUGUUGAUAAUGUAUGUAGUCAACUGACAGGAAAAAAAUAACACUAAAAAUAUGGUACCAAAAGGAAAAUUGUAUAGGAGAACAGUAAAUAGUAGCCUCACUGCAACAAAUACUUAUGUAAAUAUGCUUGGGCUUCCAGUUAUAAAUUUUGUAAUUUUGUCAUUUAUUUAUAUCCUAUAAAAGCACACAAAAUAAAAUGAAGUUGUACAGUCCCA